AUGAAGAUCCUUCUUCUUUGUACAGCACACAACUCUUUGUCACAACGACUGUACUUGACUCUGACUCUCAAGCACGAGGUUACUGUCGAGUAUGCAUUGUCGACAGAUACCAUGAUCGAGGCAGCUUCUCUUGCCCAUCCACAUCUUAUCAUCUGCCCCUUUCUUACCUCUCCGGUCCCCGCGGAAGUGUACAGCAAGUACAUGACCUUGAUAGUCCAUCCUGGUGCUCCUGGAGACGGCGGUCCCAGCGCUCUAGACUUCAUGCUUAUGGGCGAGGAUGGGACCGACGAAGACAUACAAAGAGUUAUCGGCAAAGAUUUGUGGUCCGAACAUGGUCGCAGCCACUGGGGUGUAACAGUCUUGCAAGCUAUUGCAGAAUAUGAUGCAGGUCCAGUAUGGGCAUGGGAGCAGUUCAGCGUCAACAUCGACAAUCACACUACCACUAAGUCGAGUCUCUAUCGAGGAGACGUCACACGAGCUGCCUUGAUAGCGUGUUCGACCGCCAUCGAGAGGAUCAAGUCCGCUGCUAGACAAGUUCAAGACACAAAGGCUGGCGACGUUGAUGACCGGGAAUGCAUCAACCCUGGUUUGAAGACCAAACCCGAGUACGGCACCGCUUCUGCCAGCACUGGCGAGCCCUUCCUUGGCGGGCACACUUGUCCUCUUCCUCUGCUGAAAGCUGCUAAUAGAGGCUUUGAUGUCAAUCGCCAUGGCGCCGUGAUGAUCUCGAGACUUAUACGAGCAUCAGACUCGCAACCAGGCUGUCUUACUAGAGAUUUCUCUCCGAAUCUCUAUGUCUACGGUGGUUUGAUUGAAGAUGGCGAACACAUGUCAACCAUCGAUGUCAAGCCAGGCACAUUCAUUGGUGUUCGCAACGAUGCUGUGUGCUUCAAGACCCUUGAUGGCAAGGGUGUUUGGAUAACUCAUGGUCGACGAGUCAAGAAGAAGACAGACCCCACGCUCUGGCCAAAAGUGCCUGCCAUACCAUUGUUCGUAGAUCUUGGGAUUGUAGAUCCCAAGAAACUGCCUCAAUAUCUUCCUCUCUUGCCGAAAGACUUUGCAAGACUCAACUAUCCAACAUUCCAAGAGAUCUUUAUCGAGUACGACGAGAUAGCGACAGGUCAACGUGUCGCUUAUCUGACUUUCGAUUUCUACAACGGAGCAAUGAGUACAAAUCAGUGUCGUCAGAUGUGUGCUGCUCUACAAAGCAUUCUGGAGACACACACGGAGUUGAACCCUUUAUCAGCAGUUGUUCUGCUGGGAGGUACCUACUUCUCGAACGGCAUACAUCUCAAUGUGAUCGAAAGCAGUCCGGAUCCAGCCCACGAGUCUUGGUCCAACAUCAACGCGAUCAACGAUGUAAUCCUUCUAAUUCUACACGACUUUGCUGUUCGCGGAAUCAUCACCGUGGCUACGCUUCGAGGCAAUGCUGCUGCUGGAGGUGUGGCGCUCGCUGCUGCCGCUGACCUCGUACUCGCUGGCGAACACGUUGUCAUCAAUCCUGCGUAUCGUGCUUUGGGGUUGUUCGGUAGCGAAUAUCACACGAUUACAUACUAUGGUAGAGCAGGUUAUGAGACCGGUCACCGCCUUUUGCGUGAUAUGGUGCCUGUAUCAGCUCAACAAGCCAAGGAUAUCGGCCUCGUCGACGUCGUCUUGUCUGGCUAUGGAGAGUCACUAGAUACCGCCAUUCGCAAGCAUGUCAACGAACUGGUCUGCACCAACCAAAAACCCGGCCAGUGGAAGGACAAACUUGACCUCAGCCCUAGCGGCCUCGCUGCCGCCCGCAUGCAUGAACUGGGCGAAAUGGCCAAAGACUUUUGGUCUGCCCGCUCCAUCCGCUACCACUCACGCCGCAGCGACUUUGUGCGCAAAGUCAAAGCUACAAAAACGCCUUUGAGAGACGUUUGCGAUGUUGGUGAGGAAGACGCAGGAACAGGCUAUGCAGCAGACGAUUGA